AUGCAUCGACUUCGUAUUGAAUCACUUCUUGUGGUCACGAUCCUAGUGAUCCUCCUCUUUUUGUCCAGCGUGACAGACGCCAUGGCUACCCCGAUGUCAACCUCGGAAAUUCAUCAUGGACCAUUGAACAUACGCGGGCAGGACAGUUACGAAGUCUAUUACCGUCGUAGCUUGGCCACUGACGCCAAGCGAGCUCGCUAUCCCGGAUUUCACCCCAGCUCGUCCAUUCUGAAAGCCGGAAGUAUUCGCCGGGAAGGAGCCAAGGCCCUGCCAUGUGAUAUCCUCUUCGAGCAGGACGUACCCAUCAAAAUGCGCGACGGCACGGUCAUCUACACUGACGUCUUUCGUCCCGUGGGAAAUGAGUCGGUACCGGCCAUUAUCGCGUGGAGUCCUUACGGUAAGCAAAUCGGUGGCCGGUGGUUGGACGAUAUGUCCAGUCAUUCGGGCAUCCCACUCUCCCAUGUCUCGGAGCUGCAGAAAUUUGAAGGCCCCGAUCCGGCAUACUGGGUAUCCCAUGGAUAUGCGAUCGUGAACCCGGACCCCCGAGGGGCCUACUCGUCGGAAGGGGAAAUCACUUUCUUUGGUAGCCAGCUGGCAGAGGACGGCUACGAUGUGGUAGAAGCCAUCGCAAACAAGGCCUGGUCCACGGGAAAGGUGGCAUUUAGUGGAAACUCCUGGCUAGCCAUCUCGCAGUGGUUUGUGGCCGCCGAGAGACCGCCUCAUCUGGCGGUUAUUGCUCCCUAG